ACAGCAAAUUUCCCCUCUACCCAUCCUUUCACCUUAAAGGUGUCUUAGCUAUUACCUUAUUUUACUUUGUGUCAAAUAGAAAAUAUGUCUUCUGGGAAGAAUUGGGUCUAAAUCCCCUGACAGUUGUCCCCAACUGUCCCUUUGUUUUUUCUAUUUCUUUUUAUAUCCCCGUGUUUGUUGUGUGAGGUCAUUCCCCCUGUUUCCCCUAAUCCCUUGUGGUGGUCAUCUUUCUGUCCCUGGGUUCAUUUCUAAUCCAUCCAUGGUCCUAUGCUGUAGCUGCUAACACCCUCCAUCUGUCCCUGUCCUCAUAUAAAAACAACCCAUUGUCCUGCAUUACAAAACUCUCAUAAUUCACGGGAACUCCCUUUCAUCCUUUGUGAGCCUGUGUUUUAUCCUUUUCCACUGUGAAUCCAUCCUACCAUCACUAAAAGUUUCAUCAUGUCUGAUGUAGAGGAAGAAUAUGAAGAACAAGCAGCGGGAGCAGAGGAGGAGGAGGAGGAGGAGGAUGCAGGAUCAGAAAAGCAGGAGUAUACAGAUUAUCAAGAGGAGACUCAGGAAGAAGAGGAGGAAAGACCACGGCCCAAGCCCAUGGUUCCACAACUUGCCCCUCCAAAGAUUCCAGAGGGUGAUCGGGUAGAUUUCGAUGAUAUUCACCGAAAAAGGAUGGAGAAAGACUUUCUGGAGUUACAGACUUUAAUUGAUGUCCACUUUGAGCAGAGGAAGAAAGAGGAGGAAGAACUGAUCGGUCUCAAGGAGAGAAUUGAGCGGCGACGGGCAGAACGAGCAGAGCAGCAGCGUGUUAGAGCAGAGAAAGAAAGAGACAGACAGACGAGGAUUGCGGAAGAGCGCCAGAGGAAAGAGGAUGAGGAGGCUAAGAAGAGAGCAGAAGACGAGGCCAAGAAGAAGAAGGUUUUGUCCAAUAUGGGGGCAAACUUUGGUGGCUUCUUAGCCAAGGCAGAGCAGAAAAGGGGGAAGCGUUUGACUGGACGAGAGAUCAAGAGAAAGACGCUUUCAGAGAGGCGCUCUCCACUUGGCAUCGAAAAUCUACGAGAGGAUGGCUUAAGGAAGCGAGCUCAGGAGAUGUGGAACUGGAUUCACCAGCUGGAGUCAGAGAAGUUUGACCUAUUGGAUCAAAUGAAGAGACAGAAGUAUGAGAUUGUUGUUCUACUGAACAGGAUUUCUCACGCUCAAAAAUUCAAAAAAGUUCAUGGUAAAGGAAAGGUCGGGGGUCGCUGGAAAUAAGACAUUGGAAAAAUUCUGAAAAGCCAACACAGAAGCUUUCACUUCUGACCAUUUCACAGCAUCUCCAAAAGAAUAACAUUUCUGAAUAUGUUCAAAACCUCUCUUAGAUUCAAUGUGCUUGGAUUAGAUUAAUCACUUAUGCUUGUUUUAUUCUCAUUUGUAAGGCACUUUGGAUAAAUGUGUCUUCUAAAUGAAUAAAUAUCAAUGUAAAAUGCA